GGAAAGUAACUAUGAAAUUGCCAUAUGUACAUUUCAAUGGCCAUCUUCUCCGAGAAGCCGGCAUUAUACGGUCACGUGAUACGACUCCCGGCAUCAUCACGGCCGGCUCCGAAUGCGUCUUGCCGGCCAUUAUCGUGGAGUGAAUAGAAUAAUAACGGAUUCUCAUUCGUAAUUACACGUACGGGUAUUGAUACUCACUGUGGAGCACGUCUUCAAGAGACCUGUGCAUAGUAUGUACGGUAGACUCGAGACUGGACAGUGGAGAGCCAUAUCUUAUCUCCCGCGCUAACCCGAUACGGGCAAUUAUAGGGCUCAGGGCUUCCUGCACGGGCUCCAUAGUACGGCUGCUGAGGCUUACUGCUAAAGGCUACUACUGGAGCUACUCGCAUGUAGACAACAAGCUCCCUACCAUAGCCCUGCCAUCUCUUUGCUUGGGAUGGGUCAGUGAGCAUUAGUCUCGAGACCAAGAUGACCUCGCGUCUGGUGCUGGUCAUUGGCGACCUCUUUAUCCCCGACAGAGCUCCAGAUCUCCCUGCACGAUUCAAGAAACUCCUCACCCCUGGAAAGAUCGGCCAGAUACUCUGCCUAGGCAACCUGACCGACCGCGAAACCUUUGAGUUCUUCCGCCAGAUCGCCCCCGACUUACAGCUUGUCAAGGGUGACUAUGAUGUCGACUCACCCAACCUUCCUCUAUCCAAAGUAGUGACUCAUGGGAGCCUCCGUAUCGGGUUUACGCAUGGCCACACCAUCAUCCCACCGGGCGACGCCGAUGCCCUGCUGAUCGCAGCUCGUCAGAUGGACGUGGAUGUUUUGUUAUGGGGCGGCACGCAUCGUUUUGAAGCGUUUGAGAUGGAAGGGCGCUUUUUUAUUAACCCUGGGAGUGCCACAGGCGCCUUCACCGCGGGCUACUUCCCGGAUGGCCAGGAACCGGUACCGAGCUUUUGUUUGAUGGAUGUCCAAGGAGAUGUGCUUGUUCUUUACGUAUACCAACUGAAAACCGAUGCCAAUGGGGCUGAAACAGUUGCCGUUGAAAAGGUGUCAUUCCGCAAGCAAGGCGUUGCGGCGUCUUGAGACACGCUGCUUAUGAUAAUUAUUUCUGUAAUGAUACGCACUAGAGAUAUCUCGAAUCAUGACUUCGCGAAAUUUUUGGCCACUAGCCUAGUGGAUUGUAGCAUUGUUAUUAUUUCAGGGUACAGAGAGAUGCUUGAAUGACAUCAGUAUAGACCAUGUUUAA